AUACCCCUUGGGCUGGAAUUUGUGGAGGUCCUGGUGCUCAUGGGGGCGGUUCCUCCAGGGCUUAAGAAGGGCUGAGGUUGGAGCCGGCGGCCAGAAGGAGACAGCCCCCGCGACACCCGCUCCUGGAAGGGGAAAGGAAGGAAAGAAGUGGAAACCAGCCCUGCUGCUGCCCUGUGGGUGAUGGAGCUGGUUCCUGUCCUUCUCCUCCUCGGCUCGCUGUGGGGCUGCAGCGGGCGCCCUGCUAACAGGCUGGUGGUGACACCGCAGGAGCCGGUGGUGCCGUUUGGGGGCUCGACAGACUUGAACUGCUCCUUGGCCUGCGCAGGGGGCAAGGUGGAGUGGUGGGGGCUGGACAUCGCCCUGGGGACCAUCUCCUCCUUCUCCACCUACAGCAUCCUGCACAUCAGGCAUGCCACCGUGGCCACGGAGGGCACGAAGGUCUGCUGGGGCAGGUGCCAAGGGCAGGACUACCGGAAAACCACCGAAUUGAAGGUCUAUGCCUUCCCAGACACGCUGAGGCUGGAGGCAACUCCCCAAAUCCUGCGCCCGGGAUACCCCGCCAAACUGAAGUGCUCAGCCACGCAACUGUAUCCUAUCACUGGGGUGAACCUCAUCUGGUACCGGGGGCACCAGGUGGUGAACACAGACUUUGAUUCUCAUGAUGCCGAUGAGCAGCUGUAUAAUAUCGUUUCCAUCCUGUCCGUGGAUGGGACAGAGGUGGUAGAAGGGGUAGAGUUUAGGUGUAAGGUGACGCUGCAGGUCGGGCAGGAGACCUUCACCCAGGUGGCAUCUCUGGUGGCAAAGACUGAAGCUGUGACGAAGCAGCCGGAGACUGAGGUCACCUCCAUGGAGAGUCCCAGCACAGCCAGGCCUGUGGCCACCACAACACUUCCUCCAGGGCCGAGUGUCCCUACAGGUGAUCCCACCACAACACAGGAGCCCAACACUGGGACCACCCUCGAUCUGGCUGCUGUUACCAACCCCCCCUCCACGAAGCCCUCUGUGCCCCGGGACCUCACCGCAGGCAGCCCCACGGCACGUGUGGCCACCACCACCACCCUCCCUGCCUCUGGCACGGCAGGGACAGUGCCAUCUGCGGGGACAAUUCCUGCCUGCAGCCUGCAGAUCUGGUCGCUACCUCCCACCGGGACGCGGGGCAGGGCCCUGCGCAUCGAGUGCCACGCUGAGUGCACCGGGAACGCCACGGUGGGCUGGCUCCGGACCCCCGCAGCCCUCUCGCAGUACCGGGAGGAGACCGCGGGCAGCAGCUCCGCGCUGCGGCUGGACCGCGCCCAGCCCUGGCACCAGGGCCACUACCAGUGCGUCCUGCUUGGCCACCGCAGCCACACGGCCAGCCUGGAGGUGAUGGUGGUGGAGGAUUCCUUCAGCUCCGGCCCUGCCAUUGCUAUGGGGACAGCGGGAUCGCUCCUGGGGCUCAUCGUGACCGCUGCCGUGUCUCGACGCUUGUGGAAACGAUUCAGAUCUCGGUAGCAGCUGUCCUAG